AUGGUCUGCUGCGGACGCAACAACGGCACCUGCGUGUGCGCUCAAGAGGCAAAGUGCUCGUGUGGAAAGCAGCCUGCUCUUCAAUGCACCUGCGACAAAGCCGCCACCGAGAACAAGCUCCCCACCGACUCCUCAGCAUGCGCAUGCGGAAAGCGGACAGAGGAUGCGUGCAACUGCGGUCGCGCUGAGAACAACGGAUCGAGCAGCUUGGAGACAGACUUCACUACUAGCAAGUAG